AUGCGCCAACUGAUCCGACUCGAUCGACGACUGCCGAGGCUCCGUGUACACGACCCGUCCGAGGCGUCGGGGCAAAAGCCGACCACAGAGCCUGCCCGUGCCCAGCUUCUUGGAGACGCGCAUCGGACAGCAGCCAAGCUCACCGGUAACGAACCCGCGCAGCUUCGACCCGUCACGGAGAUGCAACGCCAGUGGCGGCCGUUGGGCGCUUGCGCAAACGACCGUCUGCGCUGUGGCCGCGACGUGACGCUGAGCGACGCCGCCGUCUCCAAGAACGAGCGGCGGAGCUCGUUCAAGUGA